AUUUAAUGAGCCUUGAAAUAAGAAACAAACAAACCCAAGGGAAGUGAACUUCUGUUUCAUUAGAGGUAUGCUGGGAUGAGAGAGUGAAAAUCUGUUGUGAUGUAAAUUGGUAAGUGCAAAUGAUUUUGAAAGUGCAUUAAUGUUUGCUCUGAAAGAACAUGGAUAUGUGAGUAUUGUAAAGGUGUAUGUAUGACAGAGGUAAAUUUUAUAUGAAUUUUGGUUUAAGGUGUCUGUAUUAUAGGGGUGCAUGCAAUGAAAGGCAUCUGUAAACAAUUUACUAAUGACCUUUUUGGUUUAACUUACAGAUCAGUUCAAAUGGAGCUGAGCUCAAGCUGAUGGCAUGUGAUCAAAAGAUUGUCAAUGUUACUCUGGAUGCACCUCUUGAUGAACAGCUCCAAGGAGCAGUGGAAAUUAUAGGGAGAGUGGAGCGUAAUUGUUCCUUAUCAGGUCAAAGAAUUAUUCCAUACAAUGAUGACUUUGAUUUGGAGCUUUAUGGUGAAGCUGUAUCAAUGACAACUGAUUUCCCUGAAAUAUUUGGGUCAACACAAUCAAAUGGAUUUGGUUACUAAGGAGAUGCACAAAUAAAGAUUUUUCAGUUGUCACCAUGAAGUAAUACAGAUUGAGAUAAUAGUAACUUAAAUCACAGGAUGUAUCUUGAUGAAGCUCACAUGCUCAAAGACUGCUAAGAGACAAUUACUGUAUAAAAUAUCCAAGAAGAGACUGAUGUUCAUGAAUUUUCAAUACAACUACAUGUAACAAUUGCAAGAGUAGGCAUAUUAUUGUAUGACCUUCUUCAUCUGGUUUUCAUAUUAGAGAUGUCCCAGAAGUGUUUGUAGCUAUUGGUGAGAAUGAAACAAGGGUGGAGGAAAAAACUG